GAACUUCUCUUUCUUCACCUCCUCCACCUCCUCCCCCCUCUUCCUCUUCGGCGACGUGAUGGUCGACAUGGCCUCAUACUUGGCUCUCUUAUCCGACUUGCUGCCUCCCCGGGGAAUCGCGAGCUUCUUGGCGAUGCGUGCCCAUGCGUUGGAGGCCGAGCCCACGUUGGUAAAGCCUCCCUCUCGGGCCAGUUUCUGGAAAUCGAUCUUGACUUCACCUUGAAGACAUAGCCAAGCCAGUGGGAGUAGUUCUUGGUCACGAGCUGUCAGUUUGCUGAUGGCCGACAUGGUGGGGCUUGGCGUAUGAGGCAGCAGAUCUGGAUGGCAAUGGUAAUGGUAAUGGCAAUAGCAAUGUCAAUGUGCACAAUGCACAACCAUCGAUGACUUCCACACACACUUAUGAGCUCACAGAUGCCCCGUGCGAGCCAGAUAAUGUGGACUGGAACUCAAUACUGAUCACAAAGCUCUUGUGCUCCAUGACCGCUCCCUUGUGGACAGUGAAGACUUCCAGCAUGAGAAGCAUCUGGUACUUUGUGAAGGGUACGAUAGCGAAUCCUCAAGUGAUUUGGUACUGGACUUCACUCCACAUACCUUACACGACCAUUUCCGGUGACCGUCACUUGUCCUGCUCGCGGGCAAAGCCAACAGAGCAUCAAGGAUAGUAUAGGGUCCAUUUGCUGGCCUGGCAAUUUAUCCUCUGAGGGCUCGUUCGGCGCGCUCAUGCAUCCACACACACGCACUGCGCGCAGAUCGUCAACACCCGCACAAAUCUCUCUGCAAUCUCGUCUCGCUUCCUGCUAUUUGCUGGCUCGCUCCUCGACCAGCUGGACUUUGCAUGCCAGGCAGGGCGCGAGGACGAGCACUACCAGACGCACAUCUUUCACACCAGCAGCUGUGCUUCACUGAUCCAGCCUGGUCAGACUCUGGACAUGGCCCACAGGUACAUGCAGGUGCAUCUCCAACUUACACCUCUUCUCAGCAUCUCAUAUUGUUGUGAUCCUCUUUUCGGACCCUGCAUCCUGGUGCAUUGACUGAGAUCAAGUGUAGACAGAGAGCACAGACAAGGGGGCGUGGCUGCAUGCCGACUCCGCGCAUAACUUUCUUGCGUUCCCAGCCACUGUGGACAACGGAGCAACACUGCACGAUUCAUGAGACGACGAACAUGACACCGAUAAGACGAUUAUUUAGCUACAGCAGUGUGACAGUAUGUUGGUCACGCAAGGCGCGACGCAAGACCCCCCCUUCGUUUGCACUCCUCUCGAGAUGGCACCAUCUACCAAGAAGCGAUUUCAAAGAGAGCAGAUCCAGACGAAGAGAUACAGAGAUAUGGUGAUCGCUUAUGCCACGAUUCUGGAGCUGCUACAGAAGUCUCCCUUGCCUGCUUCUCUUCUGGCUCGUGUCCUAGGAAUCACCCCUCAUCAAGCCCGGUAUCGUAUGAGCUUGAUUCAGGAGGAUGUUACCUCUCUCAAGCAAGCCUUCGUCGAUGGCAAGUGCCAAGUUGGUAGGCCCACGAGAAAGUCUCCAACCAAAAAAUCUCCUCGUGUGAAGGGAGAAACAGUGCCGUCGAAAUUUCAGGCAGCUCCACAUGCGACAUGCCCUUUUGACAAUGCUCCUCAUGUCUCGAUGACACCAUCGAAAGAUGAUGAUCCUUUCACCCCAUACUGGUCCCCAACGUUCGUCUGGACUCCCGGAUUGCCAUGGCCAUAUGAGAUUUACCAGACUCCUAUGUACAACACAGGCGAUGUUUCACGUCCCCAGACACCUGCUGCAGAUUCCAAAUUCAUCAAUCCUCAAGUCUUGACAAUCACCAAUUCUACAUAUUGAGGGAUCCCGAAAAGCAAUAUACUCGUGCGUUCUGCGAAAAUCGUCGUUAUCCGAAACUUGGGGAAGAUUUUCAUAUUUUCGGUCGCUUCUUCUUGGUGUACGUUUGAACGAGGCAAAUAGCUAUUCCUGCUUUUACCAACGAAGCAUAUACAAAAGUCGACAUUGAUAU